AUGUUGCGAGUUGAGAACCCCGCUCUCGCAAGCUAUUGUACAAUUAUACAUCCUCGCGACAGCACCAGUACAAUGGCGAGCCGAAGCAUGACAGGACGUGCUCAUCUAUCUCUACUAGUAAAGUUGGUUUUCGUGUUGGGGCUGUUGGGUACCAAGUUUGUGGGAGCAAGCAUUGAAAAGGAAGUUCAGGUGUCGUACGUUUUAGAGCCCUUCGAGUCGAAGAAAAACGCCACGGAAGGCGAAGACUAUGAGCCCGGAAGCGAUGAGCACUUGAUCUUGCAGACGACGAACAACCCCAAAGUAUCGUGGACGAAUGAUGCUCUCUUUGGCAAGAGGGCCAUCAAUAUUGAGGUGCCAACGGUAAGCCAGUCGGGAGUGACAUGGUUGGUCGACGACGAAAAUUCCCCCUAUAACUGUAUGGGGGCGUCCUACCUUUCUUUCUGGUACAAGUUGCCCAAGGCGCAACCGGAACUUUCCAUUACUCUGACUGUGUGGGACAGCUCUAAAUGCGACAGUAACUGUACAAAGUUUGACAAUUUGGAAGCCUAUCCCAUUGGCCCAUUGGUGCUCGAGCACUUUGAUGCUGAAUCAUGGCAGGAAAUUCGGGUGGACCUUCCUAUCCUCGAUAUGCGUUUGGAUCGCAUCAAGGGCUGGGGAUUUUCGUUUGAUAAUGAAGCCGGUGCCAAUGCUGCCAGCCCUCUCGACGACAAGUCUGCUGUGAUUGUUGACCAUGUUGCUUGUGUCGGAGGAGGUGACUUGGUCAGCGCAGCUUUUAAGUUUGGGAAGCAAGAGGAACAAGAAACAUUCCAAGAUUCAGUAUCCAGCAAUGUGUGGGUACCAGAAUAUUACAAAUCCGACACUUCAGAGAAUGAAACUCGGGUUCAGUUGGAAGAUGGAAAGCUGUCCAUGGACUAUGUGGUGCAAAUGUCAGAGGAUUGGGGUGGGUUCUUGAGCUAUCGCCACCUUGCGCCUGCAAACUCGUACUACAACCUCUCCCAAGCAACCCAGUUGACAUUGGACUACAUGGUUCAACAGCCAUGUUCCGCUCCUGGAAGGGCACACCUCCGGUUGAUUAUUUAUGAUGGCCAAGACUGCCCUUCUUUCUGCUCUGAUUCCAACAAGAAUCUCGAAGGCUUCUAUGCAUUUGAACAUGUCUUGGAUGAUCUGGCCCAGACAUCCUUCAGCGUUGAACUGGAAGGAACCGAUGAUUCAUCAAGCCCUUUUUGGCUCACAGGUUGGGUGGGAUCUGUGCACAACAGUGUUCUGGAUCCUGGCAAUGUCAAAGGCUUCACACUUGAGAUAAACAUUGACUCUCAAGGCAUGCUGGGAUCCUUGGCAUCUGGCCAUGUGGCUGUUGGCGAAUUGGUUGCAUCCAAUAAUCCCAUCGGGUUGCAAUCAGGGGACAUUCAGGUUUCUUACGUGCUGGAGCCAUUUGAAUCCAAGGUUGAAAAUGUCACAGGCCAGCCCUACCAGCCAGCAGAGGGGGAACACUUGAUCUUUGCCACGACAGAUGACCCUAAACUGGAUGUAACUUGGACAGAUGAAGCAAGCUUUGGGGACUGGGGCAUCAACAUUCAGCUGUCACCAAGCGCCUCAUCAAACGUUGAGGGACCUAGAAUCACAUGGAUUGUUGAUGAUGAAAAUCCUGCCUACAACUGCAGGGGUGCAACCUAUCUCUCACUUUGGUACAAGGUGCCUGUUGAACAGCAUGGUCUGGAAUUCACAUUGAUCUUGCUUGAUGAGGCUGCUUGCACUGUGAAUUGUACAGAUCCAGAAAAUCUUCAGCCCAUCCUUGUAGGGCCCUUCAAUCCAGUUUCUUCUCAAGACUGGAAGGAGCUAAGGGUGAAUCUCCCAAUUCAUGACUUACACAUGGAUCAAAUAAGGGGCUGGGGGCUCUCCUUCCAACACAGGGAGGCACAGGAUUUUGGCCAAACAGAAGGUUCUAGUGUGCACAUUGACCACGUAGCUUGUGUUGGGGGAGGUGAUUUGGUCAGUGCACCUUGGAGCUUUGGUGCUCCCGGACAGGACAACUAUGAAGAGGGUUACUCAAAGCAAGUGUGGAGAUCAACAUACUAUGAAUCUCCAACCUCCGAGAAUGAGACCCAAGUUGAGCUGAUAGAUGAAAUGCUCUCAAUCAAUUAUGUGGUUGAACAGACAGAGGAUUGGGGUGGGUUCCUGAGUUUUGGCCACCUUGCACCAGCAAACUCCUACUACAACUUAUCCCAGGCAACAGAAUUAUCAUUGGACUACAUGGUUCAACAGCCAUUUUCUAUGCCAGGAAGAUCACACCUCCGGUUGAUUGUGUAUGAUGGCCAUGACUGCCCUGCAAACUGCUCUGACUCAAGCAAGAACACAGAAGCAUACUACUCAUUCAGCUACGUCUUGGAUGAUAUUGCCCAGACAAGUUUUAGCGUCGAUUUGGAAGGGACUGAUGAUUCAUCAAGCCCUUUUUGGCUGACUGGCUGGGUGGGAUCUGUGCACAACAGUUUUCUGGAUCGAGCCUACAUGAAGGGUUUCUCCCUUGAGAUCAACAUUGACUCUCAAGGGAUAGUUGGGUCUCUAGGUUCGGGAAUGCUUGUGGUUGGUAGAAUGAUGGCAUCCAAUAAUCAAGCAGCAUUUCUGUCUGAUGAUGUUCAAGUUUCUUAUGUGCUGGAGCCAUUUGAGUCCAAGAUUGAAAAUGUCACAGGCCAGCCCUACCAGCCUGCAGAGGGGGAACACUUGAUCUUUGCAACAACAGAGUCCCCUUCAGUGGAUGUGUCUUGGACAGAUGAGGCGAUCUUUGGUGAAAAGAGCAUUAGCAUCACCCUAGCGCCGAAUGCCACAUCAGCUCAUGCAGUUACUACAGCCACAUGGAUUGUUGAUGAUGAAAACCCUGCCUACAACUGCAGGGGUGCAACCUAUCUCUCACUUUGGUACAAGGUGCCUGAUGAACAGAAGGGUCUGGAAUUCACAUUGGUCUUGUUUGAUGAGGCUGCUUGCACUGUCAAUUGUACAGAUCCAGAAAAUCUACAGCCCGUCCUUGUAGGGCCCUUCAAUCCAGUUUCUUCUCAAGGCUGGAAGGAGCUGAGGGUGAAUCUCCCAAUUCAUGACUUGCACAUGGAUCAAAUAAGGGGCUGGGGGCUCUCCUUCCAACACAUGGAGACACAGGAUGUUGGCCAAACAGAAAGCUCUACUGUGUACAUUGACCACCUAGCUUGUGUUGGGGGCGGUGACUUGGUUAGUGCACCUUGGAACUUUGGCGCUCCAGGACAGGACAACUUUGAAGAUGGUCUCUCAAAGCAAGCGUGGAGAUCAACAUACUACAACUCUCCAACCUCCGAGAAUGAGACCCAAGUUGAGCUGAUAGAUGGAAUGCUCUCAAUUGAUUAUGUGGCUGAACAGACAGAGGAUUGGGGUGGGUUCCUGAGUUUUGGCCACCUUGCACCAGCAAACUCCUACUACAACUUAUCCCAGGCAACACAAUUAACAUUGGACUACAUGGUUCAAGAGCCAAGCUCUAGUCCGGGAAGGGCACACCUCCGGUUGAUUGUGUACGAUGGCCAUGACUGCCCUGGAAACUGCUCUGACUCAAGCAAGAACACAGAAGCAUACUACUCAUUCAGCUACCUUUUAGAUGAUGUCGCUGAAUCAAGCUUCAGUGUAGAACUGGAAGGGACUGAUGAUUCAUCAAGCCCUUUUUGGCUGACUGGCUGGGUAGGAUCUGUGCACAACAGUGUUCUGGAUCGAGCCUACAUGAAGGGUUUCUCUCUUGAGAUUAAUGUGGACUCCCAAGGUACAGUUGGAUCUUUUGUUUCAGGAACCUUAAUGGUUGGCAGAAUGGUAGCAUCAUCUGGCAAGCAGGAACAAGUGGGGUUGAAGACAACAGAUAUCACGGUUGAAGAGGGAUUGCUUUUUCGAAAUGACGGAGGCUCGUUUCAAAUGGUAGAGUUUAUUGACCGGGAACAAUGCCAAGAGUUGUGCUUGGGAGACUCGAGAUGCGUGUAUGCCUUUGCAGACAGACGAGAUUGCUACAUGGCGUCAUAUCUUGAAGAAACUGACGUUGAUAUAUCCACGACGGCACAAGAAGAAGACACAUAUACCUCUUUUUGGGUGAACACGGCCGGCCGAAGAGGAGAAUUUUGCGACCUCUGCGAGUGCCAUGCAGAAGAUCGAGUCAUCGAUUGCAAUGGGCGAGACUUGGCCGUGGUUCCGAAAUCAUUUUCUCCACCUCCACGCGACGGCCAAGAUGCUUGGAUGCCGCGAAUCAUCGAUUUGAGUGGCAACCCACGGUUGCUCGUGAUCGGCGCGGGCUCCUUUGAUGACAUAUCAGACUAUCUUGAAGAAAUUGUCCUGCCGGAAGGCCUUCUCUAUCUCUCCUCAAGCGCAGUAAAGAACUUCACCGUCCUGGAGAGCAUCGUUGUAGGGGAUCGCCUCAAGAACGUUGUCGAUCACACAUCCGGCUUCUUUGCGGAUGUUUGUUGUGGUCUGGGCGAUCAAGGGUCGGAGUUGACUUUCUGUGACAUGCAAGUGGACCACCCAGGAAGGGACUCGCUAUAUUUCGACUUCGUUCAAUAUGUGGGGGGCAACAUUCAGAAAUUGGAGCCUAGUUCCGAAUUCGGGUCGGAAGGUGCCGAGAGUGCCGAGAAAUGUGCUGAGUUCUGUGCUUUGCACAAAGACUGUCACUAUUUCGCUUUUGACCAACGGUAUCAAGAAGCCGAACACACAUGUUUCCUCUUGGACGACAUGGAAUCAUCCAACCACAUUUGUUGCGACGGGAUCAACGAUUAUGCUGAUCUCGACCGAACCAUUCCUGGCUGGACAUCAGGAGUGGCUCCACGGACUCGCAGCAAGAAACGCGACGCCGUUGUCCUCGUGACGCCAACAUCGUUGAAGGCGGAACAGGCCAACGAUUAUCGAGUCGAGUUUAGACUUGCUUUGGGCUCGAAACCGCUCCGAGGUGCUGUUUGGAUCGAGCCAACUAUUGAAUCUUCCACGGACCUCGAUUAUACUCUUUCUCCCACCAGGAUUGCACUCUAUGACAACUCCAGUGUUGCAACCGUUGCGAUCCAUAUCCGCAACCCGGAAAUCAUUAAGGGAGUUGGCGAGACUUUAGUUGUGAGCAACAAACUGGAAUCCUGUGAUUCGGCGUUCACUGCACUGGAUACCGAAGCAAGCAAUGUCUAUGUUCAGGUGCUGGUGCCUCAGGAAGCGGAGAACGAUCUCUCGUUAGUAGUGGGCGUAUCCAUCGCUGUUCUGGUGAUUGUGGUGGGCCUUGCGGUCUACGUGGUUGUCGACCGCCGCCGACUCGCAAGGUAUGCCAAAAAAGAGUUGGAAGACUCAGAGAGAGAUGAAGUUGAAGAAGUUAGGAAAACUAUUCGGAAGGACAGCAUUCGCAUAGACAUUGCCAAAGGUGCUAUGUUAGUGACGCUGGUGACUGCGGGAAUUGGAAUGACUGUAUGGGGAGUUGGUAUUCAACUAGACGAUGCUUCUAUGGACCUUCAGGAGCAACAACCAGAUUUGGUUUCAGAGGUUGAAGAGUCUUCAUCGACGUCUGCAAGUGCCUUCCCGUAUGUUUUGGCAGUUGUUUUUGCCUUCAUACUCAUUGGUUUCAUGGUCUAUGACUGGUUGGUUAGAAUCCGGAACAGAAAACUUGUUCUCAACGCGGCAAAGUCUGGUGAAAUCAUGACGACGAUGUUUCCAGAUCAGAUUCGCAAAAAGCUACUCGAGGAUACAAAGACAAAUAAGAAGGCCAGUCGCGAGAAAGGGAAAGAGGGUCAGGCAGAUGAAGGUCAUGCCUUGGCGGAUCUCUAUCCCAGUACUACGAUCUGUUUCAUGGAUGUACAGGGCUUCACUGCCUGGGCGUCUUCCAGGCAGCCUCAUCAGGUUUUUCAACUCCUUGAGGCCGUAUUUGGUGCUUUUGACACAAUUGCCAAGGCAAACAAAGUUUACAAAGUUGAGACCAUCGGAGAUUCCUAUGUUUGCAUUACAGGUGCACCUGAUUUCCAAGAGGACCACGCUGAAAGGAUGUGCCGUUUUGCAAGCCGUUGCACGAAGAAGUUUAGAUCAUUAAGUCGGAAGCUAGUUGCGUCCUUGGGACCUGAUACAGGCGAACUCAACAUCAGAGCUGGCGUUCACAGUGGACAAGUGGUCAUGGGUGUUCUGCGCGGCUCAAGGGCUCGUUAUCAACUUUUUGGGGACACUGUAAACUUGGCAGCCCGGAUGGAGUCAACGUGUGAAGCGGGAAUGGUUCAAAUAUCGCUUGAGACUGCUGAGAUCCUUCGUGAUAAAGUUAUGUCUGCUGCAGGGAAGGGAAGAAUGCUGGACGAAACCUCGAGCAUGGGCACCACGGAUCUCAGCAAGGCAUCGCAUGAUCUCGACGAGCAAGGGGCAAAACUUUCUAAUUUGAUCUCGUGGAACACCGAGCAACUUCUUUUCUUGAUCAAGAAGAUUGUCGCGUGUCGCCAAGGAUCGCAGACGAACGCUGUGACUGAUCGUCCAAACGAUACUUUCAGUUUGAAAGAUGACAGGACGUAUCUCGGCGAAGUCGCCGAGAUUAUCGAACUUCCACAGUCCAGAGGAGUGGACUUUGAAGCUAUAAACGUCCAGGACGUUGAGAUUGAUAAUACUGUGGUCAAGGAACUUCGCCUUCUGGUUUCCAACAUCGCCUCUCUCUACAACGACAACCCAUUCCACAAUUUUGAACAUGCCAGCCAUGUGACGCUCUCCAUCAUCAAGCUUCUGUCGAGAAUAGUUAAACCUUCAGAAAGAGAACUUGCCACCAGUGACCUCAGCCUGCACGAUCACUCGUACGGAAUCACCUCGGAUCCGCUAACUCAUUUCGCCGUGGCGUUUUGUGGCUUGAUUCAUGAUGCUGACCACCCCGGGGUUCCCAACACACAAAUGAUCAAGGAGGAUCCCAUUCUGGGUGCUCGCUUUGAAGAACGCAGUGUUGCGGAGCAAAACUCGUUAAGACAAUGCUUUGAUCUCCUCAGCAGGGAUGACUACAGCAAUCUUCGUGACGUCCUCUUUAAUUCCAAUGAGGACCAAGAUCGCUUCCGUCAGCUCGUCGUGAAUAGUGUCAUGGCCACCGAUAUUUGCGACAAGGAUCUCAAGUCGCUGCGAAACAACCGAUGGGACACAGCUUUUUCGGAAGAAAAGAAAAAUGAGCCUCGAGACAUGACAGUGAAUCGAAAGGCCACGAUUGUCAUUGAGCAUUUGAUUCAGGCAUCUGAUGUAUCACACACAAUGCAGCAUUGGAACGUCUACAGAAAAUGGAAUGAAAAGCUGUUGCAGGAGAUGUACCAGGCCUACAAAGAAAGCCGUGCUGCGAAUGACCCUACAAUAGGCUGGGCCAAGGGUGAAAUCGGUUUCUUUGACUUUUACAUUAUCCCUCUUGCCAAGAAAUUGAAGGAGUGUGGUGUCUUUGGAGUGAGUAGUGAUGAAUACCUGAACUAUGCACUGAUCAAUCGUCGCAAAUGGGAAGUGGAAGGAGCUGCAAUCACAGCCGAAAUGGUGGCCCGCCUCAAGCAACAAGACUUGGUGGAAGAACAGGCCCCUCUCCCCCCUCCGAAGAACCUCACUUUUGAGUUGGACGGCAUCGAUGAAGUUGAAGAACUGGAAGAGGAUGAGGAUGAAAAGGAAAGCUGCGAUCUAUCAGUUUGA